GUGAGCUCACGCUUGCAACAGUGGCCAGGGAUUCCCGGCCGCGGAGAGUACAUCCGCCUCGCCUUCGAAUACGCUGGACACCCUUACACAGAGAUGUCGGACGCGGGGAAACUGCUCCCGACCAUCACCAACGCGAGCAAAGUCGGGCAUCCGCCCCACUUCGCGCCGCCCGCACUCGAGCUGCCCUCGGGGCGCAUGCUCUCGCAGACGGCGGUGAUCCUGAACCACAUCGCGCCCAAGCUCGGGCUUGCCGGCGCGCUGGGCAGCACGGUCGAGGAGCGCAGCACGGUGAGCCAGCUCGUCUGCACCGCGCUCGACGUGAACAACGAGGCGCACGACGUGCACCACCCCAUCGCGGUCUCGAAGUAUUACGACGACCAGAAGGCGGCGGCGCGCGAGCGCGCGGCCGACUUCCGCGCGAACCGCAUCCCCAAGUUCCUGACGCACUUCGAGAACGUGCUCACGAGCAACCCGGCGACGAAGGAGGGCGAGCAGGCGUACCUGGUCGGAAAGCAGACGACCACUGCGGACCUGGUCCUCUUCCAUGUGUUGGAUGGGCUCCUCUUCGCGUUUCCAGAGCGUAUGGGCGUGCUCGAGGAGAGUGGGAAGCAUAAGCAUGUAUUCGCGCUGCACCAGCGCGUGCAGGGAGAGAAGGGCAUCAAAGAGUACAUCGCGAGCGGGCGCAGGCAGCCGUUCAGCGACGGGCUGUUCAGGUAUUACAAGGAGCUUGAUGCGAAAGAAUAA